CUCUAUUAAUACUGUUUAAAGAUUUUAAUAUAAACUUGUGUUGAGUUUAUAAGAGAAUAUGUUUGUGACACAAUUGUUAUUUGAUUAUAUAUUUGCCAAUGUAAUAUACUUUACAAUAUUUUUAGUAUUGAUCAGUGUAGUGGUGCAUAUUGUAAGCAAUUUAAGAUUAAGACUGCAUUUACCCGCUGGUCCAGUAGGCUUACCACUGGUCGGGCAUCUGCCAUUCCUGGGCAAAGAGCCCCACAAGACAAUCGCCAAAUUGGGUGACAAAUACGGAUCUGUUUUCACGUUACAAUUAGGAGUCUAUAAUGUGGUGAUACUUAACGAUUGGGAGGCCGUGAAGGAGGCCUUAAAUAAGGACUCGUUUUUAGGCAAACCCACGAGUAGUCCGUUUACUGUCGUCAACAGUGAUAACGACAACGCAAUCAGUUUUGCUGAUGAUAGCGGCUAUACAUGGAGUGCCGACAGACGCUUCGCCCUACAGGUGCUCCGGGACUUAGGCUUCGGGAAGGGCUCUAUGGAGGACAGGAUCACCGAUGAGAUCAGUUAUCUUAUCAAACAUAUUGAUGGGUCUAAUGGUGAGCCCGUGAAUAUCCAUAAACUCCUGACCCCCAGUAUAUCCAACAUUAUUAUGCAACUGGUGUUUGGUCACCGAUACGACUAUGAUGAGCCCAAACGACAGGCCUUGGAUCAGUUGGUCGACCAAUUGUCUCAAGUCUUCUCAAUGACCGGAUUUUUAGCGACAGCACCGGUAUGGCUGAGUAGACUUGUGUUCAAAAUGGGAUUAUUU